GAUUGCAAAAAGUGUUUCUUGGCGUAUUGGAACGAUGUCGUGUUGCAGCGAGAUCUCAUGGCGCUCGCGGACGAGGUGCGGGCUUGUCGCAUCAGAGUCACACGCAAGCAAGAGCAGAAGUCAGAGAAGUUCAGGUUGACGUUUGCGGUGGACUCUCGAGUGCCCGAUCUCGAGCGCUAUCUUGUUCAGUACUUGAAGACGGUGGGCGGAGAGCGCAAG